GCAGAGUAUCAAAAAACACAUAAACAGGAUACUUAUAGAUGAGCAUUCAGCUCACAGCAAGCAGGGUGUGAAGUGUUGUGGCUGGAAAAGAAUUUAGAGCUUAGGAGGCAAGGAUGCAGAGUCCAAUCUGUAAAGUUACAAAAGGUUUAUUUACAAAAAUAACUACAUUUCUUAAUAGUAAAGACCUGGAUCUGAACUGUUCUAAAAUCAUCUCUUCUAGGAUUCAAAAGAGAGGGGAAAAUCACCAAGCACUACAUCUCUCCUGACAUACAUAAGCAGAGAGAUUUCUCAAUACACUCAGCAUACACCAAGAUGCAAAAAUAGAAGUCAAAAGUAAAGGCUUGCAGUGGAAAAGUAUCCAUUCUACACAACCAAUGAGAGCAGAAACAGAGAGGAGAGAAGAAAUAGAUACAUACCAAGUGCUAUACAGGAGUCGGGGGGAAGGGACACCCUCAGCCCAUUCUGAGUUAACUACUCCUCAUUGAGGACUGCAGACUCGGGCAGUGUGGGGUUGAAUUCCAACACCUCUACUCCCCACCCUGUCCCCCGGCCCUUUAAGGAGCAAUUCUUAGGAUGAGAAAGUAGUUUCUAUCAGGCCCGUUUACUUGUUAGGAUGGCAACAGGCCAGACAGCUAACCCGUAUAAUCCCAAACUGAGAUUAGAGCUCGACUGUGUUUAUUCAGUCCCUGAAAGCAAUCCAGUCUCUUGGGAGAGACUCAUCAGCAGCUGAAUGAUAGAGAAGAAGACCUGGUCUGUGCAGGAAAAUGGGUGGAAGAAGAGAGACCUUCCUGGUGGGGUCACAACCCAGUGCAGAAGGUAUGGAUGGAAGAUUUUGGGCACCUGUAUGGGGUGGGGUGAAAAGAAGGAGCAGCUAUGGAUUUCCUCCAGAUGUGUGGUGAAAUAUCGGCAAUUGUGAAAUUAGGGAGGCGUACAUGCUGCAUAUGUUGUUGAUUGCAACAGCAGGCAUCAGAGGUAAUUUUUGAAAUUGCCAAAUGUACAAUUCUAGCAGUUUCUAAUUGCUGGGAGAGGAACAAUCUUGUGUUAAAAUUGUUUUCAGUCAAAAGAACAAAACUUGUGACACCUCAAAGACAUCCAUCUGGGGACCCUUCCACACAACCAAAUAACCCAGAAUACUAUAGCAGAAAACCCCAUAAUAUCUGCUUUGAACUGGAAUAUCUGAGUCCACACUGCCAUAUAUUCCAGUUCAAAGCAGAUAAUGUGGGAUUUUAUUUAGCUGUGUGGAAGGGGCCUGGGUUGUAUCUUAGGGCUUUUCAGGUUCCCUGAUGCAGGAAAUUUGUGUACCAGGAAUAUGUACCAUAUUUGUGCCCAUUGGCUACAACUCUGCCUUUCUUUCCUUGAAGCUUGCAGUGGACUGGCAGCCAAAAGCUUCUGGAUACUCAAUUGUCAAAGAACUAAUGUUUUGAGGAGCACUGCUGUAAUCAAAAAACGUCAAUGACCUUUUCAUGAAUUAUUCUUAUGUUGCCACAAGUCUCUUGCCUGUUUUUGUUAAUUUUUUUCCAGAAUGUGUUGAAAUAGCUGAGAGUCAACCACACAGACACCAGGCAGGGAUGUGAGGCUGAGAGAGAUAAAUUUAUUUCUGAAGAAUGCCAUGUGGAUGCAAAAGGAAAGUCUCCCUCAUGUUCAGCUGCAUGACUCCUUGGGAACUGGGUUAUUUUCAGUAGCACAGAGAGUAAGCCGUGUUCUUCCAGUUUUAGAGGAAGGCAAUAGCAAACCUUCUUCGGAAACAUAUUUCCAAGAAAAUCAUAUGAUAGGAUCAAAAUAAGUCAGAGUUGGGUUAAAAACACUUAGGAUCAGAAACUUUGGACUAUAGCUUAUGUCUGGACUAAAAGAUGGACUGGAUUUACUGCUCAAGCUACACCAGAGCUUCCAGUUGUCUUUGAAAUUACAUCACAGAAUGACAAUCUGGUUUCUCACAGCAAGUUGCAAUGGUCAACCAGAUGCUGAGAAACCACUGCUCCAAUUAUAAUUAUAAUUCAUUGUCAAUCAUGAUGAUAAAUGGAGUUCAACAAGAACUUGAGAAACAGAUGUGCUUUCCCUGAUAUAGGGCAACCAUCAUGCAAGCUGGUUACCCAGUAUCACCCAGUGGGUUUCCAUGGCCGAGAAGGGAUUUGAACCCUGGUCUCCCAAAGCCCUAGUCCAACACUCAAACUGCUGCUUCAAGCUGGCUCCCUAUCCAGAUGAAUGCAACCUAGAGAUGCAAUUAUACUGUAGAAUCCAUGCCAUUCGACACCACUUUAACUGGCUGAAUGCUAUGGAAUCAUGGAAUUUGAUGGGCCACCAGCUCGCCUUGGCAAGACUACAACUGUCAUGAUUCUCUAGCAGUUAAAUUGGUGUCAAACUGCAUUAAUUAUACAGUGUAGAUGCACCCCAAAUUCCCCUGAUAAGUUCAGCACUUUGGAUAGCUCCAUUGAAGUUUAGACUAAAGCGUGCAUUGCAUUGACUUUGGAGCCAUUAGCCAUUUUUUAUUGGGUGACUUGGAACUUUGAAAAGUUAUUUUCAAAAGGAAUGACUAUACAACAGGUCUGCAUAUUACAUAAACAAUCAGUUCCUGGACCUUUAUAUAAUAAUAUCUUCAUGUAUAAUUUGGAACCCUGAAUUUAACAUGAUAUCUUGGGCUUCCGGCUGAAAGAUACCAUAGAAUUUUUCAGGAGAAGAUAGCGAUGCCUCGAGAUGUGUUCUCCCUAGGCCUCUAGUGUGAUUCAAUGGUGGAAUUUCUAAUGGAAAGGGAUCAUAGACUUGUGCUGGAGGUGUAGAGUGAAUGCUUAUCCAGGCAUCAUCAGGCUCUCUUGUGCACCCGGUGGAGAUGAACAUGGAUUGUGGAUAUGGAUCAAAAGCAGCCUCUUGCAUUUUUUGCAUUCUCCUUGUGGGAAAUGAUGAAUAUCUGCAUUCAAAAUUUACCUCUAUAACUCUGGCUAAUAUUUUUGAUAGAGUAUUAUGUGCCUCUUAAUUGGCAUGGCCAAUUUACAGUUAAGUAUCAUUUCAAUGAGGUUUAAAUCUCACAUUAGAUUUGCAAUCUCAUCCUCAUGUUGUGGGGGUAACUCUCAUUGAAAUCAAGGGGAUUUUCAAUUCAACUUCUUUCACUUUGAUUGAGUAGCAUCUUGUCCUGGUAUUUGAUUUUAAUACUGUGAUGUUUCCCAUCCUUCUCUAAGCCUGUAGCAGAGCCUGAUCUGUGACCCUGGUAUAUUUCCUGUUGUGUUACAAAACUCAAAGAGGAAUUUUUAGAACUAAAAGUGUUAAGUGACCUAAAUUUGGGUGAACAAACAAGUGGCUUGAGCUGCCCUGUGAUUAGUCUCCCCUCCUCAAAUUAAUCCCAAGGACCAGCUGUUAAAUGCAAAAUAUAGAAUAUAAAUAAAACCCAGCAGAUUACUUCCGAGUAUAAAUCUAAAGGAAUAUAAGAGUAAAUGACAGUUUAGAUCUCCCACUGUAAACUGAAGAGGCUCCCGAACCUUUAAUUGUUGUGUAAGAAUCUCAUCCUCAUAGGAAGGCAAUGGCAAGUCCUCCUCUGAAAAAAAUCUUGCCAAGAAAACCCCAUGAUAGGUAUGCCAUAAAUCAAAAACAACAUUAAGAUAUACAAUAUCGACAACAAUGGAGAAAUUGCUCCCUUUAUCUCAGGGUUGUAUCACUUUCUGGAGGUUUAGCUUUCCUUCCCGAUGUUGUUCAUUUUCUUAGAGAACAACCCCAUAAACAGGGAUCAUUUGAAUUAGAGUUCAGGAAAGUCACAUUUUGGAUGGUGUGUCCCAGAAUCCUCCAGUUUGUUGGCUAGGGAAUUUUGAGUAUUUAAUUUAGAAGUAAAUAACACUUCUUGAGCUUGUGAACUUUUUUAUUAGCAACAUCCUCCUGAUGAACACAUUCCUGUUAUACAACAUCGACCUCAUUCGUACCUUCUCUGUCAGAGAUCAAGAGCAUCCGUUGGGUCUCUCCUUGCCCUUCUCAGCUGUCCUCCUCUUCAGGAUUAAUAGCAUCCCAGAUGUGAAAACAAGCCAGAGCUAGAAGGUUUGAGUCAACAGCUGAUCGGCUUUUGCCUCCACAGGCCAUAAUCCCUGCAUAUGUACGGCUUCUGCAGCAGCAGGAAGCAAGAAAGGUGCAGGAAGGUCAACCAGCUUCUCCUUCAGCUGAUGCCAAUAACUGUUCGCUUCAAUAAGCAUGGGCUGAAUUUAGCUCCCUUUUGGGACUCUUGUCUGACUGUGCUGAUGGUUGCAUUUUAUUUCAACUGCUGCUUGAAAACCUCCUUUCUUUUGGGAAAUUACAGUUCCCACAAUUCCCUGCUGGAUUCUGGGAGUUAUAAUGUAAAAAAAAAAAAAUGAACCUUUUUCCAAGCUCUUUUUGCCCCACCUCUGGACUGAGGCUCCUGGAAGACUACCCCAAGGACACAACCACAGACAGAAAAAUGAAGUAACCUACACACCAUUUACAGUAGUGGUUCUCAAUCUGUGGGUCCUCAGGUGUUUCGGCCUACAACUCCCAGGAAUCCCAGCCAGUUUACCAGCUGUUAAGGAUUUCUGGGAGUUGAAGGCCAAAACAUCUAGAGAAUCAUCAGUUGAGAACCAUUGAUUUACAGCAUUAAUGGACCUCGAAGAACAUUGUGCACCUAUUUUCCUGUCUAUUACUGAACGUACUCCCAUACCUCACCUUAACAUACCCAAUCUCGCCUGUUUUCAAAAGCUCAAUGAGAGGCCACUACAGAAUUGCAGGGGAUAUCAGGGGCUUGUCACACUAUAUAAUUUGAACACCUACUUUCAUUGACAUGAUCCCAUCCCAUAGAUUCCGAUUUAGAUAAGGGCAUUUUGAAUUCUCAGCUAGAGAGGUCCAAUUCGAUGCCGAUGUGUCAGCAUCAAAUUGUUGCCAAUUGUACGCCGCCCUGAGUCCCUUCGGGUGAGAAGGGCGGGAUAGAAAUAUUGAAAAUAAAUAAAUAAAAUAAAUGCCUUGCCAAACUAUGAAUCCCAGGAGUUCAUAGGGGAAACCCUGAGAGCUACAAUGGAAUCAUAGGGUUAUAAUUGUGUGGUGUGAAAGGAUCCUAGGUGUAGCAAAGAAUUUGUGGAAAAAACCUAUCAGGAAUUGGCUAGUGGACCAAAAAUAUGACUCACUGUGGCUCAUUUUGAUAUGUUCCCCAGAAAUAUUUCUUCAGUGCAAGGACUGAUUCUGACUCAAGGCAAAGUGACUGUGGGAAGAUAAAAUAGAAGAAACAUAUAAGAGGAAGGGCAGAUGCAGAGAAAAAUACUUUCUGCCCUUCUAAAAAAGGAGCUGACAACGAUCUCUUCUGAGGAACGCUAGCACUGUGAUCACGGUUCCCUCUUGAGCAGUUUGCUCUCAGGAGUCUGCAAGCGGAUAGCAAAAGUCAUAUCCUCUCAGCAUCAGGGCCCGAGGGACAUGUCGUCGUCAUCCAUGUGUGCGCUAGUUCUCCUUUUCUUGCCGGUUCUUGCAACCCACGCUUCCAAGGCCUGCCCUCAGGGAUGUUUCUGCUAUGAAUCUUCCAGCUUUGUGGACUGCCAUGGUCGGCAUCUGUCCCACAUUCCCCAUGCUAUCCCUCAUAACACAUGGAUGUUGGACCUGAGGCACAACAACUUGAGUGGACUUGAGGGAGGCUGCUUCGAUGCUCUGUGGUCCAUGAAGAUCCUCCUCCUGUCCCACAAUUCCCUCACCCGGAUUUGGCCCAGAGCCUUCAAGUCCCUGAACUUCCUGGAGAAGAUGGACUUCAGCCACAAUCGACUCGCCCGCCUGCCACAUGACUUCUCAGAUGACUUGACGUCCCUCAAGGACCUCAAAGUGGCUCACAAUUACUUGGUAGCUUUGGGUUUUGAAAGCCUUCAGUUUCUGGAGAACUUGGAGAAGUUGGAUCUCAGCUACAAUCGAGUGACGUCCAUUGAGAGGGGAACUUUCCGGGGCCUGUCCAGACUCCGCCACCUCUACCUCCAGUCCAACCGACUUGCAGUGGUCCACAAUGGCUUCUUUUUCAUGCUCCAAAACCUGGAAGUCCUUUUGCUUAGCAACAACAACAUCAGCUCUAUUGAGGUGCAGGCAUUCACCUCGCUGCACAAUAUGAACCUUCUGGGAUUGACAGGCAACCAGCUCAUCCACCUCAAAUUCAAGACUUUUCUGAACAUCCAGACCAUCAGCACCCACAUCCAGCUUGCAGGCAACCAGUGGGCCUGCGACUGUGACCUCCAGCGGGUAUUUGGCAAGAUCAUGAGCGUCCGACAUCUCCAUGUGGAUGACUACGAGAAUAUCACCUGUGCCAGCCCCUGGCAACUUGCUGGUUCCCCCCUCAUUUCAGUGGACAGCCAGUUGUGUGUGGCAGAGACAGCCACUGUCCUUGUGAUCACUGUCACUGUCCUUGUGACAGUGAUUGCUGCCAUCGUAAUGGCAGAAAGGAACCGGAAGAAGAACCAGGAGAAGAACUGGAAUGAGUCGGAAGGUCCUUUUGACCCACAGGAGAAAUGAACCAGAGAAGUAGGGUGGGUGAGGGGCGGGAGGGGCAGUUAAAUUAUUUUUAAAAUACACUUUUGGACUUUCUGUUUUGCUGUGAUCCAUAACUGCUGGUCUUUUAGGACCACAGUUUCCCAAAUGCUCCAGGCAAGUGGCUGUUUUUGCUGGAGGAUUCUGGAAGCUCUAGUGCAGAAAAGUUACUUUUCCAAGUACUGGUGCUGUCCACAUUGUUUUUUUUUUUUUAACAAAAACUAUAGUUUCUAUUGCUCCUGACUACUGGUAAAGCUGCUAGAGCUGAUAGGAGUUUUAGUCCUAAACAUCUGGAAGGCAGUAUUUUUGUUUUGUGGUUGGUGUGCUAGCCUGCUUCUCUCAUUCCUGUGUCUCAUGUAACUUGCAUGUCCUCUCAGCAGAUAUUGGGACCUGUCUCUCUAUCUGUCUGAUUAUCUGUUUACUGUAUUUAAUUUAUAUAACACCUUUCCUCCAAGGAACUCAAGCUGGCAUAAUAUGGCUCCCAUAUCUAUUUUUACUCUCAUAAUAACCCUGUAAGCUGAUGGAGUUCAACUGGUCCAAGAUCCUAGUUCCAGUCAUCCUCAUAUCUAUGUCCUGUGGAGAGCUGUAUAGAAAAAUCUCACAAUCAGAGCCAUCUCUGGUCCUUGUUUGCUGACAAGUCUAACUUGUGGGGUGUAUCUAUACUGUAGAAUUAAUGCAGUUUGAUAUCACUUCAACAACUAUGGCUCAAUGCUAUGGAAUCCAGUGAAUUGUAGUUUGGGGUAGUACCAGCAAUCUUUGGCAGAGAAGGCUAAAGGCUUUGUAAAACUACACCAACCAUGAUUCCAUAGCAUGGGGUUACCAUACGUCAAUAGGUAGACCAGAAGGUAUAUACACAGAGUUCAUUGAGUGACCCUUAGGUCAGUUGUGCUUUCUCAACUUAAAACCAUCUUGCUGUGAAGCUAAAAUUGAAAAGACAUGAACUCUGGGAGUUUUCUAUAGAAAGAAUGGGAUAUAAACUAAUUUAUGAGAGUUUCUGAACCAAAGUUGUGAUCAUUCCCUGACUUGAGUUUUUUUGGAUGGUGUUUGGAGGGGAUUGGGGGUGGGGAGGCAGGAGAGUAAAUGAAGGCAUUGCCACAAAUAUGAAUUCUACCUCCCCAUGAGAUUUUCCUUCAGUCUCAAAAUGUUUAGCAUUACAGAAAGUUAAAAUUUCAGUCAAUCACUCAGAAAUUUAGUUCGCCCUUCACAUUUGCUGGUUUAUUAUUUCCAGAUUUGAUUAAAAUGUUCUAUCUAGAAAUUUCUAGGUCCUCUAGUGCAAUCUUUCACUCAACUUUUGCCAGAAGUCAUGCUGGAGAACCUAGGGAAUCCUAGAGAUGAAUCCAGUCAAAGAAUAAGAGGAAUGUGAUAUAAAUAAAUUCCAGGAAAUAACACAUCUUUGGGUUGUAGUUGAUGGGACUUGUAAUCCAGCAUACCUAAAGAAUGCCAGUCUGUGCAGAAUAUUUUCCUGAAAUCCAUCCGGCUGUGUGAGAACUACAUAGAAAAAAAUAUUUUAUCCGAUAGCAGAGAUAAAAUGGUGAAAAUGAUUUGUUGUUGUUUGCAAUCUUUUGAAGAUGCUCCAAGGGUCAAGAAUACCACUUGAGGUCCUCCUGCUUGGAAGGUGAGAAAAAUGUCUUGAAAUCCAAUGAUGGUUGUAUUGGCAUUAUGUAUCUUUUUGUAAAUUGUUCUAAUAAAACAGCUUCAGUGCUUAGCAGCGUGAAUCACA